CGUUUUCAGUUUGCAGUUACAGUCGCUCGCGAUCUCCCAAACGAAACGGUUCAUUUCCGCAUCCGGCAGCAGGUGCGCAGUGUAGCAGUGUAGGUGUGUGUUGUGCGUCGAGAACUCCGAAUGCAAAGUGCAUGUGCAGCGGUCAGCUCGCCUUGCAUUCGAUUUGAUUGAAUUUUUUGUUUUGGCUCGGGCCUGGGCUGGAACCAGCUCUGAAGCAGCGUUGUUUGGCUUUGGUGUUCUGCGGCUGCGCGACUGCAUUUCCAAUAAACGCGUUUUGCUUUUGGCACGCCGAGCUGCAAGCUGCGUGGGCGUCGGGGAGCCGUGAAGUGUCUCUGUGUGUGUGCAUUAGCUAAUGUAUUUGUAUGGCUAAUUAAAGUUGCAGUUGCAGCAGCACAAACCGCAAAGUGGCAGCCACCAGAACUACUGACAAAAGCGAAACAAAGUGCAUUCGAUAUUGCGAUAACUGGAAGCCACGCUACUCCCGUUCCCGUUCCCGUUCCCUACCCGAUCGGCUCUCGAAAUUGGAUUGGAUCACAGGUGUUCCCCCCAACAGCGCCCCAACGCAUUUUCCAUGAUUCCGGGCACGAGGAGCACCCGGCAUGACGUGAACUGCCUAAAAAUUCCAUGCGAGAACCGAAACCUUUGCAACUAGCCGCCCCAAUCGAUCGUCUCGAUUCGAUUCGAUCCGAUUGCCCCCGAAGAGCGUCCGUUUCGGGGACGUGAUCCGCCCCAAAAAGAGUCACCAUUCUCGCCGCUUCCUCACCUGAAAGUUACACCAAGAACCCACAACCAAGAACCACAAACGCCAAGAUGGACUCACGCAUCGGCCUGGACUACAUUGUCGAGAAUCGUGACUACAUUGCCAAGCUUGGCGCAGCUCUGGACACGCAGAACGCCACCGUUAAGAAGCAGGUCUUCGAGCUCCUCUCGGCGCUCUGCGCCUACAGUCCCGAGGGCUAUGCGCGUGCCAUAGAAACCCUAGAAUUUUACAAGAAUCUCAAGAAGCAGCGCUACCGCUUCAAGAUUGUCAUCAACGAACUGGAGCUGUCGAGUGCCGCCGCCUCACCACCCUUGGACUACCAGGCCGCGCUGCUGGCCUUCAUCAACUGCGUCAUCAUCUCCGCCGCGACGCUGCAGGAGAGGAUUCGCAUUCGCAACGAAUUUAUAGGUCUCAAAGUGCUGCCACUGCUGAACAACCUGAGGAAAGUCGCACAAAGUGUGGGCGAUAUCAUCGUACAAUUGGACGUAUUCGUGGAGCAGCAGGAAUGCGACGAGGCCCAGAGCCUGCAGGCUCCCGAUGGCAUCAAUCUCAACUCGCACCUUGAUGUCUUCUACGCGAUACUGCGACAGGUGGCCGACACGCCGCAGGAAGUGCCAUUCCUCAACAUUCUGCAGCACCUGCUACGCAUUGAUCCCAAGGAGGCGCUCAGCGACAUCGUCUGGGACACCACAGAGCGGCUCGUCCACCGCGCCACGCUCCUCGAGAGCCACGAGGAUGCAGUGCGUCUGCUCCGCACGCCCAGCAGCCAGAAGUUCGCCUGCCAGAACUGCCGCAGCACCGAUGCCAGCAGCCCCACCCGCAAGCCCUCCCAGCCAGCGGUGGGAGUGGCUGGGGCUAAGCCAGCACCUCCGCCUCCGCCACCACCGGCGUCAGGAGGCGCUCCACCGCCUCCCCCUCCGCCACUGAAUGGAGCAGGGCAGGCACCACCUCCGCCGCCACCUCCGCUGCUCAAUGGUAGCACUCUGCCGCCACCGCCGCCUCCGCCUUCCAUGCAACUGACAUCGCGACCACGGACACCAGACCCACUGGCCGUGGAAGCGGAGGUGGCCGUGCUGCUGCCGCAGCUAGACACUCCGGCGCCCAAGGCCAAGAUGAAGACCAUCAACUGGGGCAAAAUACCGCACAAUAAGGUCGUCGGAAAACAGAACAUCUGGGCUAUCGUGGCCAGCAACCACAAGCACAAUCCGAUGCAGGACAUAGACUGGAACGAGAUGGAGGGUCUAUUCUGCCUGCAAACCACCAGUGCCCAGGGAUCGCCCAAGCUGGGACGCGAAAGCAACGGAGGACAGGGCUCCAGUGGCUCCAAUGGGUGUGACACCUUGGAUCGCAAGUCGAAAAAGGAGUGCACGGAGAUCACACUGCUGGACGGCAAGAGGAGCCUCAACGUUAACAUCUUCCUGAAACAAUUCCGGACUAGCCACGAGGAGAUCAUCCAACUGAUACGGCAGGGCGCCCACGAGGAGAUCGGCGCAGAGAGGCUGAGGGGCCUGCUGAAGAUCAUGCCGGAGGUGGAUGAGCUGGACAUGCUGAAGAGCUUUAACGGGGACAAGGCAAGGCUGGGAAAUGCCGAGAAGUUCCUGCUCCAGCUGCUGGAAGUGCCCAACUACAAAUUACGAAUCGAGAGCAUGCUGCUGAAGGAGGAGUUUGCGGCCAAUGUCGCCUACCUGGAGCCCUGCAUCAAUUCCAUGCUCUAUGCCGGCGACGAUCUGCUGAACAACAAGAUCCUGCAGGAGGUGCUCUACAUGGUUGUGGUGGCUGGAAACUUCCUCAACUCUGGAGGCUACGCUGGAAAUGCGGCGGGCGUUAAGCUCGCCUCACUUCAGAAGCUCACCGACAUCCGGGCGAACAAGCCGGGCAUGAACCUCAUCCAUUUUGUGGCCCUGCAGGCGGAGCGACGCAAGCCGGAGCUACUGCAGUUCACCAGUCAGCUAAGCGCCCUCGAAAAUGCCAGCAAAACAACGUCGGAGCAGAUCAAUAACGAAAUCAACACCCUGGAUGGACGGAUCGGAAGGAUAACCAGACAAAUCGAACAACCUGCAACGGAUACGGAUAUCAAGGAGCAGAUGGCGGACUUCUUGCUGGCCGCCAAGUCGGAGAUGUCUGUGCUGCAAUCGGGAAUGAAACAGGUGGAGGCCAUGCGCCUGAAGCUCUCCGACUUCUUCUGCGAGGACGCGGCCACUUUCCGGCUAGAGGAGUGCUUCAAGAUCUUCCAGAAUUUCUGUGAUAAGUUCCGGCAGGCGGUCAAGGAGAACGAGCGCCGCCAGCAGCAGGAGCAGCAGGCCACCCUGCGAAGGAAACAGCGCGAGGAGCAGAUGGCCCGUCGAGCCAAGCAGAUUGGUCAAGCAAUCACACCCGUGUCGGAUUCGGAGCACUCCUUUCUGGGUGACGGCAUUUUCGAUCCACGUGCUAGUCCGGCGCUUAGUCGCCGCCAUCUGGGAUCUGGCGAGAUCAGCAACGGAUUCAUUCGCCUUGAGCAGGACGGCGCCUCGCCGGACAUCACGCCGAAUGGCAGUUUACGGAGACGCCGGAGUCGAGUUUUGGCCGAGGAGGACGAUCUUAUGGAGUUCUUGCGAAGCUCCACGGGGCCUCACGAUGGCCACAUCAGCCGGGAGCGGAAGGCAGCUGCCUACGGUAGUUUGGAUCGCUCCUGGGCUCGGCGUGCCCGUUCCGGAAGCUCGAGCCGCAAGCGACCGGACCUGCUCAACAUUGACUUUGGCAUGGAUCGGGAGAGGGCCAGCUCACCAGCUCCGCUCCUGCAACAGCAACAGUCACAGGAGCGGCUUCAAUCGCCGCUGGCCAGUGCAGCGAAUACGCCCACGGGCAGUGGUCAGACGCCGCCCAUCAACGAGGAUGCGAAACCGAGAAUAUCCCGUGAGUGGCGCCAGAAAAUCGAGACCUGGCUGCAGUCCAACGAGAACGACGAAAAGCAAAACGAGGAGUACAAGAGGAAGCGUCGUCUGGUCAACGCCAAUCGGCGAUCGCUCGAAAACGAAACUGAAAACGAACGAAAACUGGACCCCUUGCCGGAGGAGAAGAUCAUGCCUUCGACAACGACAGUCACGCCAACGAACACGCCCACGACCACUAAUCCCAGUUAUAAUUCCACUAAUCCCAGGAAGCCGGAGCAAGAGUCAGGAAGAUAUCAGCGCGUCUACGCCGACUGGAAGCCCUCGAAGACGCUCGAGCAAACGGAUGUGGUGGCCAAUCUUCAGGCUAUAGCGGAUGCCCAGCCGCAAGACACACUGCAUCAUUACCGCCGCCAGCGACCUCAAGAACAGACGAGUGCCAGUGGCCUUCACUCCAUUGCUGAAGAGGAUCGCCGCAAAACGUUAAUCCAGAAGAUGGGGGAACAGGACCGGCGAUCCGUCAGCAGGGACCUUCCGCCCAAAACGGCAGACCAGCAGCCGCCCAAGUCACCAAAGCCCCAGGUGUCCUCCACCGAUGAUACUUUCGCCAGCCUGUUAAGCCACCACAAGACCCAAAACGAGAUGCAGGCGUCUUCCAAGGAGGUGGAUGCCGACAAUAUAGAGACGCCGCCUGUAAGCCGGCGGGUGAUAUCCACGCCCACCACGACAGUGGUAACUGUAAGCAUGACGGACAAGCCGAAGGCUGUUCCCGAAGAGAAAAUCACCAUAAGCUUGGGAUCAGCGGAUCAGGAUGUCCCUGGCCACUUCGACCGCCAUGCACUUGGUCGACGAACCCGUCGCUACAAGAGACCCACGGACUACAGCAGUGGUAAUGAGGAGCUACUGACCACCAGCUCCCCCAAGCCAGAGGUGAAGCCCUCGCCCUCAAAGCCAGAGCCACCCCCGCUAGAAAAGGCCAAGCAGAAGGAGCGCACCAUUAAUAAACUGGAGAAGGUGGGCCGCCACAUCAGCUCCAUCAACCAGGAGGACGUGCGGGAAGCUAUUCGAAAUCUCAAGUCCCCCACGGGCACACCGGAGCGUCCUUGGAGUCCGCCGCGGGAGAUCACCCCAUCGAGGCUGAAGCUCACGGCCAGUGGGCACCACCAUGAGCUCAACGACGAGGGCUUCGAGGAGACCCAGAGCCUGGUCUCAGACACGCCUUCCCACGGCAAGGGUGAAAGCACCAAUUCCUCCUGUAACGAGGGCGUAAGUGAAACCCCUUCGAGGCAGCGUCCGCUCCAGAAACAGAAACCCACUACCACCAGCAUCUCGCAGAUGGGUAGCCGACCGGCUGACCGCCUUCAACUAUCCAGGACCCGGAGCAGUAGCUCCACACCCUCUGCCAUCAAGUCACAAAGCCAUGUGUCCGCCCCGCCGGUGGCCACGGUAAAGAGGAGUGUCUCCGCCAAUCGUCCGCUUCGGAUGCCCAAUGGUCAGCCGCUUGCCAGUGCCACUCCACUUCGGUCCGCCUCGGCGGUGAGGCGCUCACCGCAGGAGCAGCAGGUCCUCGCAGGCGUGGAGCGUAGCAGCUCUAGGAACAGCCUACGAUCAUCGCGCUCCUCCAUCAACAGCGGCGCCUCCACGCAGACAGUGGUGAGGCGACUUCCGUCCGUGCAACGACCAGUGGUCACUGUGUCCGUGGACUCCUCGCCAAGCAAGAGGCCCCUGGCCGCGCAGAAUCUUCGUCCCACCCCGGGCCGCGGAGUGCCCGCCAGCAGAAGCAGCAGCAGUGGCUCCAGCGUGGGUCCUAGUGUGAUCCUGGUGCGCAGCAAAAUGGGAACCACAGCGCCCAGGGCAACUAUCAGUGGCAGCACCAGCUUCAAGGAGAACCAGUCACAGCAGCCUAGUCCCCAAUCCCGGAUGAGCGCCGCCCGCAGCGUGGUUCUGGUUAAGAACGCUAUGAACCAGCAGCAACAGCAGCAGGCCAGAAUGAGCCCAAGCUCCCAUCCUCAGCAGCGUAGCUCCGGCAGCAGUCGAUCUGUGAGCAGUUUCAUGCGACCCACAGCCAGCAGUACCACCAAGCGCCAGAAGUAGGAGAUCUGGGCCAGAAGAGGCCUCGUCCAAGUUAACGUCCCAAGUUUACACAUGUUACAAAAGCGAAUGCAUCCAACUCCAAGCCGUCCACGCGACAAUUUCGAAUUUCUAGACAGGAUCUGUCACACAAAAUAUAACCAUAUAAUUGUUAAAGUUGCAGUAUUUUGAGCAAUCCUUAGAUUCCCCAGCACAUUCCAUCAGACCACAGAGUUUCCGAAUCCCUGACAACAAACUAAACCGAAAGACAUAAUCUUGCAAUUCUUAGAUUUAUUUGAGCACAAACGAAGACAAAAAUACUAGCAAGUAACAUUACUUAACUAAAACUAGACUAAGAAAAAAUUAGAAAACAAGAAAAAAAAAAUGUUAAACUCGUAUUUUCCAUAUUUAACAUAUAGAUUGUAGCGAUUAUUCGAUUAUACAUGUGUAGGAGACUUUUUUAUAGAAGCGAGUUAUUUACAAAGUGUGUAGUUGAGGAAACCAAAACAUGAAAUAAUGAGACGACAAUUACAAAUCCUUAAAAUAAAAGAACAUAAGCUUUAAAAUUGCAUAAUAAAUAAAAUAUUUUAUCAUUAACUAUAA